AUGAAAUAGAAAUAAUACCCAGUAAUUAUCAAAGGAAUCGGAGUCAUGCACCCUUUCGGUACAUUUAUGAGCCCACUUAUAGUAAUCCUAGUGGCUGUUACGUCAACAUUGAAAAUGUUCAUUGGCUUAGUCCCGAUUUCUUAGUUACAUCUUAUAUCCUACCAUUUUUAAUUCAGUCACAGUCCAACAUUACGACACUACCUUUACCCCCUGCUUGCCAUAGAUACUGAAGGUUGCCGUGUUGUCUACCCAGGCAGAAAUCAUGAAUUUCCUUAUCUCGGAUAUCCAUGAGAAGGAGGCGACCGAGCCCAAGGCUCCAAGCUUCCCUCAGAUUAAGUCAACAACAACCGGAUUUCCAGAACACAAAAAGCGAACGAGGAUAUCAGCAUUCAAACAGAAGCGACAGAGCGCGGGCACCGAAGGGGAGAAACCACAGACAUCCACAACAUCAAAAGAUCUGUUUGCUCCUACUCGAGACGCACAACCGGCUUCGGGCAAAGACUUCAAAUCGGUCGAGAAGCGGACGAUAGAUCUCGAGAACAAUGAGAAGCUGGAUUCUAUGUCGCCGGAAGAGAUCGAGGCUGCUAGGCAGGAGCUGUUUAACGGCCUAGAUCCGUCGGUACUCGAGAUGCUCCUCAAGCGCGCCAAUCUGGACGAACCUAAGAAGAAUGACCCCUUCAAUCUCCCCGAAUCUACGUCGCAAGAUGCCCCUUCCGCCGUCCCAAAGCCAGCACAGGAACCUCCUGAAAUACGAGUAGAAGAUACGUCAGCGCAGCCUGGUAGCAGCACAGCAAAGAACGAGUCCGCAGAGCAAGGCCAAGCAGAGCCAGCGAGCACCGAUAGCUCCAAACGCGUACGCUGGGCAACGGUAGCAGACGAAGAAGACGAAGAAGCAGCAACAAUACCCAAACCUCAACCAGCGCCUCCAUCCGCCACCACCACCAACACCAAUACCAACUCCUCCACCGACACCACACCCAACCCUCCCACCGCCGCCGCCGAACCCCAGCCCAAACCACACUGGCCGCACCCCCCGAACCCCUCCAUCGACCCCUCAGACCCGGACUUCCUCUCCAAGCUACACACCAAAUACUUCCCGUCCCUUCCCGCCGACCCCUCGAAAUUAGCCUGGAUGGCGCCCAUCCCCACUCCCAACUCAGCCGCAGACUACGACUCGCCCUACCACCCCUCGCAAUCCUCUCUCCCCGUCUCCGCCCUGCGCUUCAAUUUCCGGGGCGAGCUCUUACCGCCGCGGAUCUCGCGCUCCGUGCCCACGACGAAGGGCCUGCACCACCACGGCGAGGCGCCCGAGGCGGCGGGGUACACGGUGCGCGAGCUGGCGCGCCUGUGCCGCAGCGCGGUUCCCGGGCAGCGGUGCGUCGCGUACCAGACGCUGGGCCGGAUCUUGUACCGGCUAGGCCGCGCCGAGUUCGGGGGUCCGCAUGAUGCGCUGGCGAGGGGGAUCUGGGAUGAGGUGGAGGAGGGGGCGGUGCUGCGGAGUUUGUACGAGGAGGCGGGGACGGAGGAGGGGCGCGGACAUAGGAGCGCGAGGGCGUUUGCUGUGGAGGCUAUUUGGUUGUUUGAGAAGGGCGGUUGGAAGGAGAGGUUAAGGCGGGGGAAGGCGUGAGAGGGGGAGUAAGAAGAGGAAUAAGAAUGAGGAUGAGGAUGAGGAUACGAUUGGGACGGACGGACUGGAUGGAUAUACGAGCUUCGGCUCGUGAAGUUAUGGAUGGACAGACGUGAGAUGAUAGCUACGAAUAACGGUCAAGAUACGACUUUUGCUACGUGAAGACACCCAUAAGUUUUUAAAAUACUAAGAUCAUGAAUUCAAUCAACCAGUAGAGGGCACCUCACCCCUACCAUAUCAUGGAUGUUAUAUGUGACAACAGACGCGAGCGCCUACGCAUCACCACGCCCUCCCAAAUAAAUCCCCAAACCCCUACACAAGGAAUAAACGGACAAUGGAAUACCUGAUAGCCAGAAAAUUAAAACCACCAAGCAAGCUAAAGCAAGCGAUCAUAUCGUAAGGGGGAGAGAAAAGGGGUCAACGCCGAGAGAAAAAAAAAUCCAUGAAUUUUUAGACUAUUACAACACGGUCGAGAAAUGACAUGAUUGAACCCCCCCUUCUUUCCUUGCUUUUUUGCCUGUGCCUGUGGGCGUUAAAACCGUAAAGAGCUUUUUCUC